ACCACCCCGGCCGGAGGCGUCAGGCGGCGCGGCUGGCGGGACGGGCGGCGCGGCCAGGCGCGACCCGGAGGACUGAGGCUCCCGGACGACGGGGAACCGCCCAACAUGGCAUCGGAGAGUGGGAAGCUGUGGGGUGGCCGCUUUGUGGGUGCUGUGGACCCUGUCAUGGAGAAGUUCAACUCGUCCAUCACCUACGACCGACACCUGUGGGAGGUGGACGUGCAGGGCAGCAAGGCCUACAGCCGAGGCCUGGAGAAGGCGGGGCUCCUCACCAAGGCCGAGAUGGACCAGAUACUGCAGGGCCUGGACAAGGUGGCUGAGGAGUGGGCCCAGGGCACCUUCAAACUACACCCCAGCGAUGAGGACAUCCACACAGCCAACGAGCGGCGCCUGAAGGAGCUCAUCGGCGAAACAGCAGGGAAGCUGCACACGGGACGCAGUCGGAACGACCAGGUGGUCACAGACCUCAGGCUGUGGAUGCGGCAGACCUGCUCCUCUCUCUCCGUCCUCCUCUGGGAGCUCAUCAGAACCAUGGUGGACCGGGCAGAGGCGGAGCGGGACAUCCUCUUCCCAGGGUACACACACCUACAGAGGGCUCAGCCCAUCCGCUGGAGCCACUGGAUCCUGAGCCAUGCCGUGGCACUGACAAGAGACUCUGAGAGGCUGCUGGAGGUGCAGAAGCGGAUCAACGUCCUGCCCCUGGGGAGCGGGGCCAUCGCGGGCAACCCUCUGGGCGUGGACCGGGAGCUGCUCCAAAGAGAACUGAACUUUGGGGCCAUCACUCUAAACAGCAUGGAUGCCACCAGCGAGCGAGACUUUGUGGCUGAGUUCCUGUUCUGGGCUUCGCUGUGCAUGACCCACCUCAGCAGGAUGGCUGAGGACCUCAUCCUCUAUGGUACCAAGGAAUUCAGCUUUGUGCAGCUCUCAGAUGCCUACAGCACUGGAAGCAGCCUGAUGCCUCAGAAGAAAAACCCAGACAGCCUGGAGCUGAUCCGGAGCAAGGCGGGGCGAGUGUUUGGGCGGUGUGCUGGGCUCCUGAUGACCCUCAAGGGACUUCCAAGCACCUACAACAAGGACCUACAGGAGGACAAGGAAGCCGUGUUUGAAGUGUCAGACACCAUGAGUGCUGUCCUCCAGGUGGCCACUGGCGUCAUCUCCACACUGCAGGUUCGCGCUGAGAACAUGGCACGGGCGCUCAGCCCCGACAUGCUGGCCACCGACCUCGCCUACUACCUGGUGCGCAAGGGGAUGCCGUUCCGCCAGGCGCACGAGGCCUCCGGGAAAGCCGUGUUCAUGGCCGAGACCAAGGGGGUCGCCCUCAGCCAGCUGUCGCUGCAGGAGCUGCAGACCAUCAGCCCCCUGUUCUCGGGUGACGUGGGCCGCGUGUGGGACUACGGGCACAGCGUGGAGCAGUACGACGCCCUGGGUGGCACGGCGCGCGCCAGCGUCGACUGGCAGAUCGGCCAGCUGCGGGCGCUGCUGCGGGCUCAGCGGGCCUAGACCCGAAUAAAGCGACCCGGGAGGCUGCCGCGUGUUUCCUGCCCCGCCUGUCUCCUCGUUGGGGGGCUUUCGGGGUCUGUGAGCGGCCAGUGGGGGCUAUCAAGGAGGUGGGGAAACUGGGCAAGGGUGGCGAGAGUCGGGGUUGGGAAAGGGAGGAGAGGGGCUCCCAUCAGAGCCUCCGCGCUGUCCAGUCCCCACUCCCCUCACCGCAGGGCAUCGCAGGGACCGCCUGCUGUGAGUCCUUGGCAGGACUGGCGGGACCCUGGUGGGGCCCGAUGAGAUGAGUAGCCGAGUCAAUUACCAUCCACCCUCUUCCUUCCCAGCAUGUGCAGGCCCCCGCCCUCCUCCUCCGCUUUCUUAACCUACCCUUCCCUGACCCUUUCAGGUACCAUCGCAGGUUGUCCCUUGGGCUGAGGCUGUGCCCUGGGAAGGGGCAUGGUGUAUUUGGUGGUAAGGUCAGUCACCCAGUCAGCAUGUGAUGGCAGGCACUAGGUUAGCUCCAUACAAAGGUGAAGAGGAGGCCUCCUCCCCGGUAGAGAGUGAUGUAGGAAUAAAUUCCCUCUCACUACUGGUGAGGACUGCGGCAUAGACAUGCUGGAGGUGGCCAGCCCCUGCGCGGUUAGGGGAGGGACAGACACACCCCAUCUGCAAAGGUCCUGAGGCCAGGCCUGGCGCACAUAAGUGUUCAUGAGAGCCUAGGGAGACACAGAGGCCCCCUCUACACAAAUCUCAUCACAUUUUAUUAACAACAGUGGUAAACAAGGUAAACUCAGGAAGAAUGAAUAACCCCUCCCAAGUGAUUAUGGGAACAAUGAAAAGAUUUUGUAGCUAAAGAAUCACAACUCCAUCGUUGGGCACAUGACAUCAAAUCCCAAAAGAGGUCAAAGCUGUGAAUCACAGAAUCUUCCAGAGCACUGUUUCUCAAAGGGUGGUUUCUGACUGUCAUCGGCAUCAUCACCUGGGAACUUGCUAGAAACGCAAACUUUCAGGCCACCCAUACCUACGAAAUCAGAUGCUGGAUGGGCCCACUGGGUUGUUUUAACAAGUCCUCCAGGCAAUUCUGCUGCACGGUCAAGUUUGAGAACCACUGGUCUCUAGACCCUUGUUACACAGACCAGCAACACCACAGCCUCUCCUGGGCCCCGCCCUGGCCUGCCCACUCAGAAUCUGCAUUUUAAGGGCUGGGCUGUGACUUACUUAGGAGAGUGUGGUGCUUACAACACCAAGUCAAGGGUUGGGAUCCCCUUACCGAUCAUCUUUUUAAAAAAAAGAAUCUGUAUUUUAACAAAUUCCCCAGGUGCCUCCUGUGCACAUUAGAGUCAGGAGUGCUGAUCCAGAGAGAAUGGCUAAAAAUCUCAGAAACCAAGGCAGGCCUUAUGUCCACCCAACAGCAGAUGGUAGUAAAGUAAUUGUAGUACACACAGCGGAGAGAACUGGACUGAGCAGACUGCCGUCAUGCCCUUCUACCACCUCCACUGAUGGGGCGCACCCCAGUCUAAGUGGGAAAGCUGUUUUUCGACAAUCCUGUUAAAAGUUCCUCCCUAACCAAACUAAUCAGCCUCCCAGCGCCUCCCACCCGUGAGCAGGGCGCCUGUGGUCUCACCUGGCUAGACGGCACGAGCCUCUCCUAGCUCAGGAAGAGCCAACGUUUGUAUAGCUUUUCCCCAGGCUCUGCCCAUACGUGGCUGAGCUGCCCCUCGAAUGUGCCUUGCCCAUUCUGCUACCAGCUGGCUUAAUCUUUGCCUCUUCUCUACUUUUUCUUUUUUAACCUCAGCAUCUAUUUACACCAAAGCUCAGUGUGACCUUGUAUUUGUUUCCAAUCUGUGGUAGUUUUUUACUGCUGUAACAAACUACCACAAACUUAGUGGUUCAAAACAACAUAAAUGUGUUAUAAUUCUGGAGGUCAGAAGUCUGGAAUGGGUUUUACUGAGAGGAAAUCAAGUAUCAGCAGUGUCAGGCGUUCUCCAGAAGCUCUAGGGGAGAAUCUGCUUCCUUGCCAUUCAUUUUCAGUUACUAGAGGCCACGAGCAAUCCUUGGCUUGUGGCCCCUUCCUUCAUCUUCAAGGCCAGCAGUAUGGCAUCCUCAAAUCUCUCUCUGCUUUUAUUGUCACAUCUCCUUCUGACUGGCUCUUUUGUCUCUGUCUUAUAAGGACUCUUGUGAUUACAUUGGGUUAGCCCAGAUAAGUGAAAAUAAUCUUCUCAUCUCAAGAUUUUUGGCUUAAUCAUAUCUGCAAAGUCAUUUUUACCAUGUAAGGUAACAUAUUCACAGGUAUCAUGACAUGGACAUCUCUAGGGGACCAUUGUUCAGCUUCCCACAGUCUGCUGCUGUCUGGCUCUCAGAUUCACGUUCAUCUCACAUGCAAAAUACAUUUUUCCCAUCCCAAGGUUGCUCAAAGUCCAAAAUCUUAAUCUACAUCUCAUCAGCUCAAAAGUCCCAUAUCUCAUCAUCAAAAUCAUCUAAAUUAGCUAUGAGUGAGGCUGUACGACUGCCUUUGUACCUAGAUGUGAUGAAGGCCCUUACCCAAAGCUUGUUUAAAAUUAUGCCUGUAAGGAAAGUUUUAUGCUUUGCUAACUUGCAUAUUUUAGCUUUUGUAAACCAGCUGUGCUUGCUCUUGCAAAACAUCUUGUGUGCCUUACAGGAUGUCACUAGUUAACAGCUCAAGGUUAAACAUGAGUAACACUAUUUUGUAGAAAACAUCUAUUUUGGUUCGUCUCAAGGAUAGUAGGGAGGGGGUAGGAUGGUCAGAAAGUCCUGGGCCGAGCCCGUGGCGCACUCGGGAGAGUGCAGCGCUGGAAGCGUGUUGACGCUCCCGCCGCGGGUUCGGAUCCUAUAUGGGAAUGGCCGGUGCACUCACUGGCUGAGUGCGGGUCACGAAAAAGACCAAAAAAAAAAAGAAAAAAAAAGUCCUGACCAAGGACUGUCGGAGAGUCCCUGAGUGCCUGCCAAAUGCUAACCGCAAAAUUAGCUCAUGUACUCAUGGCUUGCUUGCAUUGGCUAAACGCAAAACGAACAAUUAUCCGAUCGCACCAAGCUAAACAUAAAAACCGAAAGUAACUUGGUCUCGGGGCCACAGUGUGAAUUGGCUGCUGUGGCCCCGGCCGGAAUAAAUCUUUUAAACAUC